ACACUUCCUUCAGCACUGUUGCCAGUCCGACACUAAUAUUUUCCUAUAAGUUGCCAUCACUACUUCGCGGGGUCCCUUGGGGUGCUUUCUUCGACUCGCUCAGGAGGUCCAACACGACUCCGAUAGCUGAUUCGCUGGUGAUUUGUUUGGUGUUAUGGGUUUGUUUGAGUGCCUGGCAGUGGGUGGCACUCUCGCCUGGUGGUGAUGGGGACCAUUACCAACCCCCGCCUCAGGACUUCAGUGCCAGGGACAGAACAGGGAACACCUGGGCAUCGCACCACUGUCGGCCACUUGGUUCCUGUAGUGGUCCCUCUGAUCGACAAGCGGAGAAUCGCUAAGCUAAGUGCAGGCGGAGAGUCGCUAAGUUUGGUGCAGACGGAGAGUUGCAGAACUUGGUGUAGAUGGCGGACUUCCUUGAGAGUAGCCUCUUCCGACCUAGUGCGCCUAGUGAGAACCUCCUAAAGAAACCCAAGAGGAAGAAACUCAAGGUAGACGAUAAAGAGGCGAGAUACAGCAAGGGAGCACUAAUAAUGGGUUCUCCUGUAGGGCUUAGAUUUUCUGCCAUGACUACCUUACACAGGAGAAACAACAGCAACAGCAGCAACAAUAACAAUAACAACAACAACAAUAACUGUAUCAACAACAACUGCAGCAGCAACAACAAUAACAAUAUGCCCAGGCAUAGAGGAAUCACAACACAUGAAGCCAACCAGCCAUCAAGACCUCCGCGUCCAAGCCUCAUACUCACAGACAAUUUAAGACAGCUGUUGCCCUCUGAAGAAGAGACUGAAACAUCAAAUACGAAUCGUGGAUCAAGCCCAGCUGUUAGUGGCGUACCCGCAUGCACUCAAACUGUCCCUCAGUCGCUUCAACCAAAAGGCAGCUUCUUAAUGAAAAAAAUAUGCAACUCUUCAGCUCAUCAUCAUCAUGCUAGCGUCGAACAGGGUGUCGUCUCAAACUCUACCACGGAAGUUCUGCCCAAAAGUGUGCCAUCCCAGCAUGAACAUACUCAAACACAGGGAAAUACAUCGCAGGAGCCCUAUAUUAUGAGUUCAGAAGCCAAGUCGGACAUCAACAAGAAUUUAAAGCUUGUCUCUAACCCUCUCACGGGUUCCGCAGAUAUAAAUACCUGUCCUCCACACUCCAGCGGUCAAGUAGUGCAGUUAACCUCGCGCUGCACCAACGUUGCAAAUGUCUCAGAUAUGCAAGAGCAGUUCAUCAAGAUGAACCUCAAACGCGGUGAAAGAGAAUCCAUUUCAUUAACCAAUACACGUGGUUUGAUCGCAUCCAGCUCCUUGCGUGAAACUCAGAAUGACGGUUCGACAACCGUUAACAAAGAUCUCGUUGACUCUGUCUGCUCAUCGUUCACGGACACCGAAGUGAUAAAAGGGAAAAAUCUGCAUAAUACGUUAGUCAGCAACGCUUCGGUAUCUUCCGGAGGAACGAUAUAUGGUUUAUCGAAAACUCUGAACUUUUUACAUGCUUUUGAGGGCAAUAAGAUCAUGAGAAUCAACAUUAGUAAGCGGCAAAAAAUUAUAAGCCUCUUUCGCUACUUGGUGGGAAUUAGAUGGAAAAUGCAGGGGAAGAAGGAAGACAAGGAAAUUCUUGUAGAGGAAGAAGUGAUGGGAGACGAUGAUGGGUAUGGAGAAGGAGUUCAGGUACGCUACAGGAUAAGAUGGCCCUUGACCGAGCGCUCGCAAGUGCCUGCCAACUGCCCUCCUGAUGAAAGAAAACGGCCAAGAAUACAGAAUGUUUGCCGAGCUGGUCGUCAAGUUAGGAGGUCUCUGAGUCGCGGUUGUCAUUAUAUUGGACACGGCCUGGCUAACAUGACCUCCUACCUCCCUGAUGCCGCCUACAUGGGCCCCGUCCCUCCCUCCACAGGCUACGACUGCGAGUUUGUUACCACAGACUAUAUGUAGUCCACCACAAACUGCGUAUUAACAAUUGCAUGCAACUCAGCGGCUACAUUAGUAGCAAUCAUAUGUGUAGGCUAGUAACUGCGUACUAGAAAUCGAAGGCAGCUCAGCGAUCACAGUAGUUUUAUAUACAAUUUGAUAAUAGGUAAUUGAAAAACACGAAGUUACCCACUCAACAGUCAGCAACCUAGCGAAAGGAAAAAUAUCUGUGAACUUAAUGUAAAACUCAAAUGGUAGUUUUAGAAAGACCGGUGAUGAAAGGUGUUAUGAUAAACCAACGGUGGUAGUCUAUUACGCAAGAGGGCUACGGAAAGGAAUACAAAAAUAACGUGUAAAGUUGAACUCUUGGUUAAGGCUUAACGAGUUAGAGAGAGAGCAGGCGGCGUGGACUGAUGAGAGCGCGGGAACGAACUCUGUGACGUAGGGCCGGUGACUCUAGCGUCACUCCUUCGUUUAUAUUAACUGUGCAGGCGAUGAGUCACAAUAACGUGGCUAAUGUAUGUUGACCAGACCACACACCAGAAGGU